GGGACGGCAUCCCAGGCUAGCGGAGCGGUUGACCCGAAGGAAGAUAUGAUAUGAGAUAUGAGAUAUGAGAUGGGAGUCUCCAUUCUCACCCGUUUCCAUUUCCCUCUCCCUCUCCCACGCGCCACCGCCAGAAAGAGGAUUUUCCAUUUCUGCCCUCCGAUUGCAUGCCGCUCAUCCAUGGAUCAGUCUUCUGGCCUGAAUCUGGAAGAUCUGAAAUGGGACCAUUCCUUCGUCAGAGAAUUGCCCGGCGAUCCCCGCCGCGACUCCUUUCCCCGUGAGGUUCUGCAUGCUUGUUACACCCAAGUCUCUCCUUCUGUUCAAGUACACAAUCCCCAACUUGUAGCCUUCUCCCAACCAGUUGCCGACCUACUUGAUCUCGACCAUAAAGAAUUUCUGAGGCCAGAUUUUCCCCUUUUCUUCUCUGGUGCCACACCUUUAGUUGGAGCGUUGCCUUAUGCUCAGUGCUAUGGCGGGCAUCAAUUUGGUAUGUGGGCUGGGCAGCUGGGUGAUGGCAGGGCAAUGACUCUAGGGGAGAUACUGAAUUCUAACUCUGAAAGGUGGGAACUUCAACUUAAAGGAGCUGGCAAGACUCCUUACAGUCGCUUUGCCGAUGGCCUUGCCGUCCUCCGCAGCAGCGUCAGGGAGUUCCUUUGCAGUGAGGCAAUGCACCACCUUGGUAUACCAACAACUCGUGCACUUUCUCUUGUUACCACCGGCAACCUCGUCACCCGUGACAUGUUUUAUGACGGCAAUCCAAAGGAAGAACCUGGCGCAAUUGUUUGCAGAGUUGCCCAAUCUUUUCUGCGGUUUGGGUCAUACCAAAUACAUGCCUCCAGAAGUGAUGAGGACCUAGGCCUUGUUCGUGUUUUGGCAGACUAUGCUAUCAGGCACCACUUUCCUCAUAUUCAAAAUAUGAGCAAGAGUGAUAGCUUAUCUUUCUGCACUGGUGAUGAAGAUCAUUCUGUUGUAGAUCUCACUUCAAAUAAGUAUGCAGCAUGGGUGGUGGAGAUUGCUGAGCGUACUGCUUCCCUGAUUGCUAGAUGGCAGGGGGUUGGUUUCACUCAUGGCGUGCUGAACACGGAUAACAUGAGCAUUUUGGGUCUUACAAUAGAUUAUGGCCCAUUUGGAUUUUUGGAUGCUUUUGAUCCUAAAUUUACCCCAAAUACUACAGAUCUUCCAGGUCGAAGAUACUGUUUUGCAAACCAGCCUGACAUUGGUUUGUGGAAUAUUGCACAGUUCACAACAACACUACAAGCUGCUCAUUUAAUAAAUGAAAAAGAGGCCAACUAUGCUAUGGAAAGAUAUGGAACGAGAUUUAUGGAUGAUUAUCAGGUUACAAUGACCAAAAAGCUUGGCCUCCCUAAGUAUAAUAAGCAGAUGAUUAAUAAACUUCUUAGCAAUAUGGCUGUUGACAAAGUUGAUUACACAAACUUCUUUCGUACGCUUUCAAAUGUUAAAGCAGACAUAAACAUUCCAGAUGAUGAGCUGUUAGUCCCACUAAAGUCUGUACUGUUAGAUAUUGGUAAAGAGCGUAAGGAAGCAUGGACCAGUUGGUUGAAAGCUUAUAUACAUGAGGUCUCUACCAGUGGGAUACCUGAUGACGAAAGGAAGAUCUCGAUGGAUUCAGUGAAUCCUAAAUAUAUACUGAGGAACUAUCUCUGCCAGACUGCAAUUGAUGCUGCAGAAAUAGGUGAUUUUGGAGAGGUUCGCAGCCUGCUCAAAUUAGUGGAGCAUCCGUAUGAUGAGCAACCAGGAAUGGAAAAAUAUGCUCGCUUGCCCCCAGCUUGGGCAUAUCGACCAGGUGUAUGCAUGCUUUCUUGUUCUUCAUGAGGCUCCCAUUUAGGUCUAAAGGAUUACAAAAAUGAAAACAUAAAAACUAGGAAUUAAUUAAGAGCAAAAAAAUAGUAGUGUGUUUCUUUGUUUAUUAUUUUUCCAUAUGUUUCCAAUAUACUGUCCCCGAGUAUUAUUUAACACGUACAAUGUAACAUUUGGUCGAAGGGUUUGUUUGCGGGUUGAUUGUUAUUGUAGUGUGAAAAUUUGUUUGUGAUGGGUCAGUAAAUUGAUCUAUUAAAAUUACGGGAUUCUUGGUAUGGAGAAGAAAGAUUAAA